AUAAAAUAGCGAAAACCAGAAAAAAAAGAUUAAAUUGAACAAAAACGUAAUUUCAAGAAAAAAAAAAUCACCUUUAAUCAUCUUUUGAUCAAUUGUAAAUAUCGACAACUCUUGAACAAAAAAAAAAACUUAUCAACAUCGACAACAACAACAACAACAAAAAAUGGCUCGACGUUAUCCACAUUCAAAUGAAGAUUUUUUCUCCACCCACAUCCAAGGUAAUGAAAAUAAUGAUCUAAUUUCUGGUCUUCGAAAUCAAGUUAAUGAACUAAAAUCGUUAUCAUUGGACAUUGGUGACGAAAUCAAAGAACAUAAUCGUUUCCUAAAAGAUAUGGACAAUGAUUUUGAUUCCACAUGGGGAUCAUUGACAAAUUCUAUGGCUCGUUUGAAAAAAAUUGCCAGUUCCGGUAAUCAUCGUUACAUAUGGUAUCUAUUAUUGUUUUCGCUUUUUGUUUUCUUCAUCAUUUGGUUGAUUAUUAGAUUUUAAAAAAUGAAAUCACAUUGUUGUAUU